AUGAACGAUGAAGAAAAGAUUUUGUAUAAAUUUAUCGAAAAUAAAAUUCUUCUGAAAGAGUUUUGUGAAGAGUAUGUGAGAAUAAAAAAUAACGAAGAGUUACUUAAACAAGAAAGUAAUAAAAUAAAAUUAAAAAAUUGUGAACUGGAAAAUGAAAUAGAAAAAUACAGAGAUAUAAUGAACAACAUUGAAAAGAACAAAAACAAAGAAAUAGAAAAUAAUAAUUUGGAAUAUGAUAUAAAAAUAAAAAAGUUUGAAAAACAAAUCGAUUUUUUAAAUUCUUGUUUAAAUGCAGAAAAAGAAAGCUAUAAUAUGAAAGUAAAAGAAUUGAUAUGUCUCAAAGUGGAAAAUGAUAAAUACAAACUGCAAUUAAAUAAUAAAAAGGAAAAUAAUGUAUAUGAUAAGGAAAAUAAAAUAAACCAUAAUAAUGUAAACGUGCUAAAUAAAAUAUAUACAGAUAUUAAUCAAAAAGUAGAUAACAUGAAUAAAAUCUUAAAUGAUACCAAGAAUUCUAGACAAUGUGUUGAACUUAAAUUAAAAGAUUAUGAAAUGCUACUAAACGAAUAUUUAAAAAAAAUUACGGAUUUAAAUUUAAAGUAUGAAAAAUUUUAUUUAUUAUAUAAAGAAGCUCAAUUCAAAAAUAGUGUUAACAAAACUAAAAAAAAAGUAUUAAAGCAUCAAAUAGAAGAAUUAAAAAAUUUAAAUCAUAUAUUAUCAAAUCAAAUUAUUGCUUUAAAAAAUGAUAUUAAUAAUAUAGAUGGGGAGAAGAAACAGUAUUAUCUAUUGUUUAGAAAGGCGGAGAAAAAAAAUUUGUUAUUUUACCAAAAACUAAAGAAAAAAAAAAUUAAAACUGCGAGUAGUCGAUCUUUUUCAUAUGACUUGUGCAGGUUAAAUUAUUUCUCGUCUAAUCAGCUGGAUGAAGAUGAUAUAGAUCCAAUUGUAUACAACAGCAAUAAUGGUAAUAAUAGUAAUGAAAGUAAUAGCAAUAAUGGUAAUAACAGUAAUGAAAGUAAUAGCAAUAAUUGUAAUAAUAAUAAUAAUAACAGUAAUAAUAAUAAUAAUAACAGUAAUAAUAAUAAUAAUAAUAACAGUAAUAGUAAUAGUAGUAACAGUUUUAAGUGUACUUCUAUUUUUUUAUAUAAAGAUAAUUUGCCAUAUACGAAAAAUUUGCGUGAUUUCAAAAUCACCGAAAAAGGGGAAAAGACCUCUUCUAUUUACAUAAGCAAAGGUGUCAAUAAAGGAAUCUUAUAUCGUGCAGAAGAAUUUAAUAUAAAAAAGGAGAGGAAGAGAAAAAAGAUUCUCUUUUACUCAGAUAAUGAUUAUGACAAAAGGAAAAAAAAGAGAAAAAAAAAAAUUCAGUUUUAA